GUGUCAAAAUAGGACCACCUCAUCGCCGCAACGCACCUCUUCUUCAUCAUUCUGCGUCUCCUUCUUCCAUCUCUCUCUCUCUCUCUCUCUCUCUCGCAUUAACCAUGUUCUCCCUCUCCUCUCUCCACCCUUCCACCACCACCUCCUCCUCCUUCCUCCCCUCUCCCCACCACCAACGCCUCUCUCUCUCCCCUCCACCACCACCACCGUCGCCACCUCACCUCCCUCUCCGCCCCCCAACCCCCCCCCGCCGCCACCACCACCACCGUCUCCGCAUUCGCUCUCUCGACGCCGCUCAACUCUUCGACUACGAGUCCCAAAUCUCCGAUCGCUUCCACAAAUCCACCAAGCUCAAGAUCGCCAUAAUCGGCUUCGGCAACUUCGGCCAAUUCCUCGCCAAAGCCCUAGUCCGCCAAGGCCAUACCAUCCUCGCCCAUUCUCGAUCCGACCACACAAACACCGCCUCAAAGCUCGGCGUCUCUUUCUUCUCCGACGCUGACGAUCUCUGCGAAGAACACCCCGAGGUAAUCCUCCUCUGCACCUCUAUUAUCUCCACUGAAAAAGUCCUUCGAUCAUUGCCAUUUCAGAGAUUGAAGCGGAGUACACUUUUCGUUGAUGUAUUGUCUGUGAAAGAAUUUCCUAGGAACUUGUUUAUGCAAAUUUUGCCUUUGGAUUUUGAUAUUUUGUGUACACACCCUAUGUUUGGACCUGAGAGUGCUAAAGAUGGUUGGAAUGGGCUCCCAUUUGUCUAUGAUAAGGUCAGAAUUGGGAAUGAUGAGUCUAGGGUUUCGCGGUGUGAGAGAUUUCUUGAUGUUUUCGCGAAAGAGGGGUGUAGAAUGGUUGAAAUGUCGUGUUCGGAGCAUGAUUUACACGCGGCUGGGUCGCAAUUUAUAACCCAUACGGUGGGGAGGAUUUUAGAGAAGUUGAGAUUGGAUGCAACGCCGAUUAACACGAAAGGGUACGAUACCCUGUUGAAUUUGGUGGAGAAUACUGCGAGUGAUAGCUUUGAUUUGUAUUACGGGUUGUUUAUGUACAAUAAGAAUGCGAUGGAGCAGUUGGAACGGCUUGACUUGGCAUUUGAGUCUUUGAAGAAAGAGUUGUUUGGGCAUUUGCAUGAGGUUCUGAGGAAGCAAUUGUUUGGAAAGGUGGAAAGGUUGGUGAUUCCGGAGGAGAGACCUGUGUUGUCAAAGCUGCCUCAGAAUGGGGAAAGGUUGGUGAUUCCGGAGGAGAGACCUGUGUUGUCAAAGCUGCCUCAGAAUGGGUCUGCAUUGCCAUCUUCUUCAGAUUCUGUAAGAGCCCAAGACAAUUAGAAAUCUAUAAACUUGAUCCAAUUUUUGCCAAGUUUCUGAUCGAUGGAGCAUGGAUAAAUCACUCAGCCAAAGCAGGGGCAGCCUAGGUAGCAUGGAUCAGCAAUUGUAGCAGAAGCUAGAGCAUGUUUCGAAGUGUUAAGAUGGUGCAUACAAAGCAAAGUGAUGUUGGUUACCAUCCUAACAGAUUGCCAAGUGUUAGUAAAGAGGCUCAAGGAAGAGAAUGAAGUAGAUAGAGUGGAAUCUAAAGAACAUCUAAAUGGACAUCUGUUAUCUAUAGAUCAUGUAUGUAGAACUGAAGUACCUAGGUAGGUAGUGCAAGCUGCACGUGAGGCAGCAAAGUCAGCCUCUAUAAGGGUCUGUUUUGUGUUUUGUAAUGAUUUAUUUUGAUAGGACUAUAUGCACCUUAACCUUCCUCAAAAAAUUUAGCCAAAAGUUUUAGUUUGAUUUGGGUGUAAAUUGUUAUUAGUGGUGAUGGCAGUGAUGUUGUUGGAGUGGCAACGGUGGUAGUGGAUAUUUCUUUCUUUCUUUCUUUUUUUUUUGUUUUUGCUUUUUGCUUUUUUUUUGGUGGUAUUAUUGUACUUAUGCUUCUCCUUUGGUUUUUGACACAUUACUUUGUUGAAAGAAUGUUAUCUAUAUUGAUAUGUUAACAGUGAAAUAUUUACCAUUUUGACCC